AUGUCAAGUCCUGUUGAGAGAAUAGCAGAGAUCAACGAUGGAAAAGAGCUUUGGAAUAUUGUUGUUAGGAUUCACCACAGAUGGAAUGUUUUGUCCAACAACAAGGAACAUUUUGAAAUGAUCUUUGUUGACAAAUUGGGAGAUGAUAUUCAUGCUGUUGUUCCAGCACCACAUGCGUCGGUGUUCGCCGAAAAAUGCCUAUUAGGGCAUACUUAUACUCCGUGUGAAAUGAAUAUAUUUAUUUCAGAUGUCGUUGGAAUGGUGGAUAGUAUUGGUUUUGCACAGACUGAGUCGGGCGCAAAGAUGCAGCAAAUUAGCAUGAUGUUGCGUGACCACAGCAACAACAUGUUGAACUGUACACUGUGGGAAUCAUACACGGAUCAGUUCAUCAGGUUUUACAAAGUUAGGGUUGCUGCAUCACUCCCUACAGUUGUGUUGCUUCAGUAUGCCAAAGUGAAAGAACAAGGAAAGUAUCCUCUGUCUGUGACAAACACCUACAAUGUGACCCUUUUAUGUGUUGAUGUUGAUUUUCCUGUCAUGAAAGACUUUAUUGAUAGAAUGCCUGAGGAGAGCAGGAUAACCCUGUCUGAUCAACUCGGAGGGAAUUCCCAAUAUUCCUCCCAGAGUUCUGAAAAUCAACAGCUGACUCCUGUGCAAAAAUUAUUCUCAAAGGCUGUUGUUUUACCUAUUGCUGAGAUUAUUCAACUUACGGAUAUUACAUUUUGUGCUACUGUCGCUACAACAAAAUUAUUAGUCGCGUCUCCAUUUGGAUGGUACUAUCGUGCCUGUCAUAUGCGUCAAUCUAUAGCGCGUGGGGACAGCCCCCCAUUUGAGUGUGAAGCUGGUCAUGAAACCAUGGCUGAAGUCCUUAGGUAUAAGAUUGAGAUUGAGGUUACUCAUGGGGGUAAAAGCUGCAAUUUUGUCUUCUGGAACAGAGAAUGUGAAAUGCUUUUGGGUUUGUCUGCAUCCCAACUUCGUAACACUAUGAUUCAGGCUGGAAUUACUGAUCCAUUGGACUUCCCGUUAGCACUUGAUCAGUUGUUGAAGUUGGAAAUGGCUAUGAAGGUUAAGUGGCAUCCACGCUGGAAGAACUGUUCCGUCGUUAUGAUUAUAAAAAAUGAUCAUAUUAUCCAACAACUUAAGGAAAAGUGGGGAACAGAUGAGAUUAAAAAGAGUGUUGAUGAGGCUAAAACAGAUGCCAAUGAAGACUGUGAAUUGGUUACGCCUGAUGCUGUCACACCUGCUGGUAGGAGGCAUUUUCCUGCUGCAUCAAGUGAAUCCACUGAUUUGGACGGAUUACAUGAUGGAGAACUGUCAUCAAACAAGCUGAAGAAGAUAAUUAAAAUGGAGAAGAUUGAUUAG